AUGGUUCCCGCCUUUCGCGGUACGAUUCUUACGCUCUGCAUCGUCGCUUUCUCUUGGGUGUUCCUCUCGCUUGCCAACGAAGAGGUCGACAUUGACAAGCUUCGAGGCGACGAUGCCGACAUGUACAUCCGCUCUGGUCUACCUCUCUGGAAGCACAAACAAGCUGUCGUCGACUUUCCGCACAACGACCUCGCCUUUUACCGACGACGCGACUCGCGCCUAGCGCAGACACUGCAUGACGAAGCGCUCUAUGGUUCGGGCGUCCGACUCGUGGGCAAGAUCAAGCAUCGAAGCCCUCUAUCGUUGUUCGGCCGCAAGGGCAUGACGUCCACCUACUACCUCUCGAGAAUCACGCCCGCCAGCGGCGUGAGCGAGGACUUCGGGCUGACGAGGAUUGGCCAGGGCGCUCCCAACGGCAAGGACGUCUGGGCUUUCUGGAAGCACAAGGGCGGUCGAAUCGAGCUGCUGAAGAUGGACACGAUCAGUCACACGGAUGCAGUCGUCGAGUUCCAGAGGCUGGAAACGUUGAUCCCUGUCGACAAGGUGCACAGCAUCGUAUGA